AUGCACGGAACUGGUCGCCAUCGAUGGGAGCUGAGCGAUAGCGAUGCGAAGACAGCACUCUUGUUCUGGUACCUGUGCGAGCUGUUCUACGUAAUAGCGAACUGUCUGCUCAAGUUUGCCAUCGGCUACUUCUACCUGCGGGUCGCGAUUGAGCGCUGGCAUAUCUGGGCCAUCAGAAUACUCAUGCUAGGCACUGUACUAUGCGGUCUUGUCUACUUCUUUCUAGUCUUGCUUCAAUGCAUUCCUAUUUCGGAUUUUUGGAACGUGCAUCCUGCCUCCGACAGAUGCAUACACAACGGACCAACUCUGGGCAUUACCUAUGCCCUCGCUGCCAUCAACGCAAUGGCUGAUUGGGCAUUCGGCUUGCUUCCUUUCUUUAUCGUCUGGGGCUUAGAGAUGAGAACGAAGACAAAGCUAUUGGUCGCAGGUAUCCUUGCAUUCGCAGCAAUCGGAAGCACCGGUACUGCCAUCCGUAUGGCGUACAUUCACACCCUCGUCCAAGGCCCCGAUUUCUUGUAUGCUACCACCGACGUCGCCUUAUGGAGCACUAUCGAACCUGGCAUCGGCAUCACCGCCGGAAGCAUCGCGACACUCCGUCCGCUCGUCCGCCACUGUCUAUGGAAGAUGGGUCUAGCCGACGCACCCCGUGAAGAACGAGGCCGCAACUACUAUCCUUCAGAAGAAGGUGGUCGCAAACGAAAACAUCGCCGCGGAUAUCGCCGUAGCCUGAGUCCUUCCGAUCUGGUGCCUACGAUACCUGGCAACAUGACCACCAUACAGAUCCAUGGACCUCACGAUAUAGACCUGGAAGAGAAUCUGUCCCCGCCAAAAAUUGUUGUCACAGAUGAAGAUGUCCCGGAAACUCCAGAGGGUCAGAUUAUACACACGGUCACGGUUCAACAACAAUAUGAAGGCCCUGCAAGGCUUCCUGAGGCACCUCCGAGGCUGCAACUGCGCGAUAGCUUGAGGCAUAGUUUCACGCGCGGAACAACCGAUGGCGAGCUACCCGCCUUACCACCCAACAAAGAAAUCCUCGCCUCCGCCAUCCGCAUGACAAACAUUACCCGCUUCAUCCACCUCCUCUCCCACGCCAAAGCCCUAAUCACCCACCACGGCCCAUACACCACCCUGCCCGCCACAUCAGUCUUCACACGCUCUCUCCGACCACCCAAAGUCCUUCCUGCCUCUUCGCCCUCCCUCAGAAACCUGGCCCUUUCCUUAGCUGCCGCCCAAGACAGCACCUACAGCGCCCAACCGCCCAGCCCCACAAAAUCCGAUCUCGACUUCUUCACCCUCCUCUGGGACAGUUCCAUCGUCGUUCUCGAAGACAUCCUAUCAGUAGGCGAUUUACCACAAGAGUCCUUCGGCUGGGGCAUCUUCGGUCUGGCAGCGGGAGUCACUAUGACAGAGCACGCGCUCACUCCAGCUACCGUCAACUCUUCUUUCUCACGAAACACCAUGCAGGACGCUGCACUAUCCGUACCGAGCCCGAUAGUCCAAGACGCCAUGUUCUUCACCCUUUUGAAUCGCGACGUACGCAUGAGCAUCUACGACUUUCUUUAUGCAUGGCUCCCGCCUCUACCUUACAAGAAGCGCUGGCGGAAAGAAGAAGAUUGCCGUGGUAUGGUAUUGGCUUGCAAGCAAGCUAGCAUAGAGCUUUCUGAAGCAGCGGCUCGUCACUUAAAAGGAUUCUUCGAUGAAUUCUGCAAGGAUUUCGAGAAAGAGCGUGGACAUGCAAUUGAGUUAUACGGAGCCAUCCCGCUCCACCAGGGAUGGAAGGCGCUGCAAUCCGUCACGUUCACCCUGGACAUCAGCUUCUUCAACGAAGCUCUCGCUGAGCUUGCGAUGAUCCCCGAGGCUGAGAAAGAUAACUGGCGCCACGGACAGGUGGCACAGAAGCUCACACUCGACGCCAGUGAAGGCUGGGGUCGCAAAAUCUCCGCAUGGCGCGCACUUCUCUUCCAUCCGUUCGACAAGGUCACACUCUUGAUCACUGAUGCGUCCGAGGAAACCGAUCAAGACAAAAACGUCCGGAUCGAAGAGUAUCGUAGCAUCGUUAGUAUGCUGCGAGACAGCCUAGACGGCAUGGGCGAAAAUUGCGGGCACGACUGGCUCAUGUACCAACACGCGCUAGACUGGGCUGUGAUUUGCGAACAAGAAGACGACUUUUCUCCUCCUCCUGCUCGUUAUUUCGACAAGUACGGCGAAUACGACGAUACGCCAAAGCGCAAAUGGUACAAAUCUGCAGAACUGUUCCGCUUCGCGCGCGUGCAGUACGAGCGGCUCGGCAAUAGGGGCUCACGAAGGGAAGUCCAGAAAGCUGCUCUUCGCGACUAUAUUAGAACGGGCCAACGCAUCCAAACUAAGCAGAUCAAUUUCGCUUGGAACUUUCUGCCUAGCGGCAAGCUCACGCCGAAGAAACUUGUUGGUAAGAUGCACACCUACACCGCGGAACACGCAGAAGAAAUGCGUAGGAAAGAUCAGCUUCGCGAGCUCAAAUAUGAGAACAUGUGGCCGCACAAGUACGAGGUGGCGGCUGCAGAUGGGUUAGUUGGUGAAAUGGGUAUCCGCCAUCCCAAGCGCUGGGUUUUGGCGAGUGAAGAGUAUUGCGAGUACUAUGGUUUCAUGGAACAGUUGAAAGAGGCAGAGCAUGUGGAGAGUAAGGGCAUUGGGAUGCCGCUGUGGAAGGCGAAACCAAAGGUUGGAAAGGUGGAGGCAGAUAAAGGGGUUAAGGAAACAGCUGAUGUAGAGGCUGAGCAGGAGAUUGACGAGGACGUUCAGGAGGAAGUCAAGGAAGACGUUGUCAUCGAGGUCGAGGAAGAGAUGUGGGAAGAGUCUGAGUCAGAAUCUGAGGAUGAGGAUGAGGGUUACAGUGACGAAGAUGACGACGAUGACGAAGAAGAUGGCGACGACGACGAGGAUGAUGAAGAGGAUGACGACGAAGAGGAAGAUAAUGGUGGGAUUCAGGACGAGGAUGGACCUGGCUUCCAGGCUGCGAUUCGCGGUGGGAAACAAACCAAGAUACCGGAUUUCUGGAAAAAGGCGUAG